AUGGGUAUCUUGACAUCCUUGGCCAAAGUGUUCUGCCUCCACGUGGUGCUGAUUGUGGGGGUUCUGGCCUACGAACUGGCCAUCUUAUACAACUCUUCAGCAAGGUACAAGCCGGCUUUGACAGAUGCCAGCCAGACGAUGAGGGCCGCGCAAUUUGCUCAGCCAGGCCCCACCAGCGUCAUCAAAGUUGUUCAGAUUCCGCGGCCCAGGUGCUGCGAGACCACCCAGGUUCUGAUCAAAGUUGGCACUGGAGGCCUAAACCCUGUGGACUUCAAGCAGAGGAGGAAUCCAACGUUGGAGCAAAUGAGGCCCUUGCCUGCCGUUUCGGGCUUCGACUUUUCUGGAGAAGUUCUCCAGAUUGGAUCCGGCGUUCUGGGUUUCCGGCCUGGUGACACUGUGUACGGCAUGCUACCGCUACUGGGACAGUCCUGGGGCGCUUUCCAGGAGUAUGUCGUCACCAACUACACCAUCAUCGCUCAUGUGCCAUCCAAGAUUCCUGCGCGGGAAGCCGCCGGCCUGCCUUUAGUUGGCCUCACAGUUGUCCAGUCGUUGGCCCCCGUGCUUCGGGUGUGGCAGCGGAAUGGCGAGAGCAGCAAGGGUAAGAAGAUCCUCAUCCAAGCUGGUGCGGGCGGGGUUGGCUCCUUUGCGAUUCAGUACUGCAAGAAUGUGUUGGGCAUGUACGUGGCAACCACGGCAAGCGCCGCCAAGGAAGAGCUGGUGAAGAGUUGCCUGGAGGAUAACAGAAUACUUGCCAAGACCACGAAGUUUGAAGACGUGCUGACGGGUUUCGAUGCCGCCCUCGAUACAGUGACUCAGGAGUAUGAGCAGCGCACGCUGGCUUCGAAAGUUCUGAAACCAGGCGGACACUAUGUCAACAUCUUGAGCAGCGAUUGGGAGCCGAAUGACGGCGAGCUGGGCCCUCUCUUCAUCAUGAAAGCAUUUCUCAAGAAGUGGGCCAACAGUCUGCUAGCAGAGUACUUGGGUCUCGGGGUCUACUAUCACUGCGACCCCGUAAGCCCCGAUGCGGCUGGGCUGCGAAGCAUCGCCAGCUGGAUCGAUGCAGGCGGUUUAGGGUUUAGGGGUUAUGCGCGCAGAUAUGGAGUAUUGGAUUUAGGAAUACAUCAGGAGUACAAAGAGAUUACGAGGACCGUCAUAUCAUUCGUUGCUCUGUCACAUCUCAUGCUUGGGGAUCCGGGGCAUACACAAGAACUUCGACGAAAUUUCAGCAGUUCCUCGUCGCAAGAAACCACGCUGGUCUUUUGGAAAACUCCGAUCGGCGAGUUCAAAAUGACUCUUGCCGUCCUGCAGAGGGGCAGUAUCAUCAUCUCCUGA